AUGGGAUGGGUUGAACUAAACUUGUCUUCAGCCGGGUUAACUGGAACCAUAGCAGCAGCUAUUCAAAACCUUACAAAACUAGAAAAACUAGACUUGUCAAAUAACAAAUUGACUGGAGUGUUGCCUGAGUUUCUUGUCCAGAUGAAGUCUUUGGUGAACAUAAAUUUAAGCGGGAACGAUCUUUAUGGUCACAUUCCUCAAGCUCUUCGAAGAAAGGGAUUAGAGUUACUAGUUGAUGGAAACCCAAGGCUUUGUCUCUCUGGUUCAUGCAUAAAAGACUCCAACAAGAAACUUAUAGUGAUAGUUGUUGUAUCAGUUGCUGCUGUGGUCAUAAGCGUUGUUGUGUUGGUUCUUGUUUUAGUUCUCAAAAAGAAAAAGUCGUCGUCAGUGGAAGCUCUACAGCUUCCACCGAGUACGCCAAUGGUGAAUGAUGCAUAUGCGAAUUCAUCUGAACCAUCAAUCGAGAUGAAAAAGAGAAGGUUUACUUAUUCAGAGGUUAUGAAAAUGACCAAUAAUAUCCAAAGAGUUGUAGGGGAAGGCGGAUUCGGUGUUGUGUCUCAUGGUACACUAAAUGGUUCCGAACAAGUAGCUGUUAAAAUACUCUCUCAAUCAUCAAGUCAAGGCUAUAAGCAUUUUAAGGCAGAGAUCGAUCUUCUUCUACGAGUUCACCACACAAAUUUCGUGAGCCUUGUUGGAUAUUGUGAUGAAGGAGAUCACUUGGCUCUUAUAUAUGAGUUUAUGCCAAAUGGAGACUUAAGACAACAUCUAUCUGGAAAACGUGGUGGCUCUUUUAUCAGCUGGGCCAAUCGGCUACGAAUAGCUCUGGAGGCUGCACUAGGAUUGGAAUAUUUACAUUUUGGAUGCACACCGCCUAUUGUACAUAGAGAUAUCAAAACUACAAACAUAUUGCUGGACGAACAGUUAAAGGCCAAGCUCGCCGAUUUUGGCCUUUCGAGAUCUUUCCCUGUUGGAGGUGAAACCCAUGUUUCAACUGUUGUUGCUGGUACACCUGGAUACCUUGAUCCAGAAUAUUAUAGAACGAGUCGGCUGGGUGAGAAAAGUGAUGUGUACAGCUUCGGAAUUGUGUUAUUGGAGAUGAUCACAAACCAGCCCGUGAUUGACCAAUCCCGUCAAAAGUCUCACAUAACACAAUGGGUUGGGUUUAUGCUUAACCGGGGAGAUAUUACUAAGAUCAUGGAUCCAAACCUACACAAGGACUACGAGUCUCGUUCUGUUUGGAGGGCUAUCGAACUGGCAAUGUCGUGUGUGAAUCCUUCUUCGGUGAACAGACCAAACAUGUCCCAAGUUGCUAAUGAACUGAAAGAGUGUCUUGUACCUGAAAAAUCUAAGAAUAUGGAUUCUCAGAGUUCUCAUGAAGUGAGCAUGAGCUUUGACACUGGGAUACUUCCCAGGGCAAGAUAGUUUGUAUGUGCUACAGAGUAACACGGCCCAUGGCCAUGUAAUAAUAUGUAACAGGAUCAGUUUCUUUUUUUUCAUUUGUAAAAUGUGUUUUGACUCUUCUGGAUCUGAACCUGAUUUGUAUAUGAGUCUUAUAAUCACUGACUCUAUAAACCGUAGUGACAUGCCGUGAAUGUUGUUAAUGAUUACGCUUUUGGAUA